GGCGGCAGCGCGGCAGACAGCUCGGCCACCUGUCCGAGUGCCACCUGAUUUCUGCGAGGCCGAGGCUGAACAGGCGCUGCAAGUAUCCGCUGUGGGACGCGACUUUCUGGAAUCGUCGGAGCGCAGUGGGGAAGGCGGCGGGCCACCAUGCCGCGCUCUUUCCUCGUUAAGAGCAAGAAGGCUCACAGCUACCACCAGCCGCGCUCCCCGGGUCCGGACUACUCCCUGCGCUUAGAGAAUGCACCUGCGCAGGGCCGAGCAGGCAGCACUUCUAGUGCAGGCGAGGCAAAAGCUGAGGCCGGGGACCGUUUGUCCCCCGAAUCCCAGCUGACCGAUGUGCCCGACAGAGCCUCUGCGUCCCCGGACAGCUGCGAGGGUAGCGUCUGCGACCCCGGGUCCGAGUUCGAGGACUUGUGGAGGCCGCCUUCGCCCUCCGCCUCUCCAGCCUCGGAGAAGUCGCUGUGUCCAUCUCUGGACGAAGCCCAGCCCUUCUCCCUGCCUUUCAAGCCCUACGCAUGGAGCGGCCUGGCGGGUUCCGACCUGCGGCACCUGGUGCAGAGUUACCGGCCGUGCGCGGCCCUGGAGCGCAGCGCCGGCCUGGGCCUCUUCUGCGAGCGCGUCCCGGAGCCCGGCCAUCCAGCCGCGCUCUACGGCCCGGAGCGGGCUGCGGGCGGCGCUGGGGCCGGGACCCCGGGGAGCUGUGCUGCCGGAGGUAACGGCGGCGGCGCAGGCCUAGGGCUCUUCGGCGACCUCGGGCCUGCAGCAGCCGGGCUGUACGAGCGGCCGCCCGCCUCCGGCCGACUGUUCCCUGAGCGCGGCCACGAACUACACGCGGACAAGGGCGCGGGCGUCAAGGUGGAGUCCGAGCUGCUGUGCACCCGCCUGCUGCUGGGCGGCAGCUCCUACAAGUGCAUCAAGUGCAGCAAGGUGUUCUCCACGCCGCACGGGCUCGAGGUGCACGUGCGCAGGUCCCACAGCGGCACGAGACCCUUUGCCUGCGAGAUGUGCGGCAAGACCUUCGGGCACGCAGUGAGCCUGGAGCAGCACAAAGCCGUGCACUCGCAGGAACGCAGCUUUGACUGUAAGAUCUGUGGCAAGAGCUUCAAGAGGUCGUCCACACUGUCCACACACCUGCUCAUCCAUUCAGACACUCGGCCUUACCCCUGUCAGUACUGUGGCAAGAGGUUCCACCAGAAGUCAGACAUGAAGAAACACACCUUCAUCCACACCGGUGAGAAGCCUCACAAGUGCCAGGUGUGUGGCAAGGCGUUCAGCCAGAGCUCCAACCUCAUCACGCACAGCCGCAAGCACACAGGCUUCAAGCCCUUUGGCUGCGACCUGUGUGGGAAGGGUUUCCAGAGGAAAGUGGAUCUCAGGAGGCACCGGGAGACUCAGCAUGGGCUCAAAUGAGCACCUUGGCUGGCUGCAAACAGCAGUGAUGCAACACUACAGAGGCAGCUUCUGCUUCCUUCCAGCCCAUUCGGACUUCUCAGGCCCCCCAUCCUGUCUGCAGCUCCCACCAGGGUGCUCUCCCUUCACCCUACUUCCUAGAGCUACCAGAAGAAAUGAAGUACCUUUUGGAGUUCUGCACAGAGUGGGAGCCACAGUAACUUGCUAGGCCUUAGACUCCUCCACAUGAAGAUUAACGUCAAGUGAAGAUGUAAAGUUUGGCCCACAGCCCUUCCCAUAUCUAUUCUUUUCUACAGGCAGAAAAGUCCUUCAGGUGUCUCCUCUCUUCCGAAAUC